AUGAGUUUUCAGGAGUCAAGAACCAGAAGAAAAUCCGCAAGGCACGUUAAUUACAAUGAAAGUGACAAUGAUUUUGAAGAUAGCCCCAUUAAGAAGGAAAAUAAAAGAAGAACCAUAGUUUCGGAAAACAAUGAUGCUUCAUUGUUAGAAUCUGAAAUGGACUCUGAGCUGGUUGAAAUUAAACCGAAAAGCGUUCGUGAAAACAAGGAUACAGCUCAAUCAAAUCUCAAGAUCGCUGAGCCCAAAAAAGAUUAUCCAUCUUUGUCGAACCGGUUCUCGGAUGAACAAAUUCAAGUUCUCCAAACUGUAACGAAGUGGUUCGAUCACAAAAGAGCUCGCAAUUUAGGAAUCGUAAAGAGCCGUCCCGGAAGACUGACAAAGGAGCAAAAAUCGAGAAUGAACGAAGUUUUCGCUGCAAGCCGUUAUCCGGAUGAAAAGAAAGUUGAAGCUUUGGUUGCAGAACUCGAAUUGACCACAGUACAAGUGAAACAGUAUUUUGCAAAACAAAGAUACGAGAAUCCGAUUCCUGAAAUAGAAGCCAAAGCAAUUUUAGUGGAAUACUUGCAACCAGACCCGAAUUUCCAUGAUUACGGAAAUCCGGAAUUGAGAAAAAAGACGGGAUGGUCAAAAAUAAGACUUAGUGAAUUCUUCGAGAACGUCAGAAGAAAAUACGGAAUUGUGAAAUUGGAUAAAAAGAGAUACGAUACACUGAAGACGUUUUUGAAAAAAGAAACUUCGGCGUUGCCCAAUGAAAUGGAAACAUUCGAGAAGCUUGUCGAGAAAUACUGCUUGUGCCUUCAGACGGACGCCGACGUGAUUCUCUAUAUUGAAUUAAAAGAAAAUGUGGACGGCGAUGGCUUGGCGCAGUAUGUGACGGACCGGUCGUUUGUGCUCGAAAUGCUUGAGAAUCACCGCACCGGAGAAGUCCAUGUAGAACAGGAUGAAGUUGUUUUGGCAGAUCCAAACGAGGUACAGUAUCCCAAUCAGCCGGUGUUGGACACUCCAGAGGAGCUUCUGGUUGAUACUGAACUUUAUGAUCCAAUGGAGGAAACAGUGCCCGAAACAUCGCAACAAGAUGUAAAGGACAUACCACUUUUUGGAGAAGACGAUCGGAAGAUCUAG